CACACGAAGUUUGUGCACUUUCCUGAAUUCUUUCCUCUCAAUUUCCUUGAUUCAUUACAGGGAGCGAAAAUGAUCCCAUGGCUGAAUUUAGUGUCCUUGUUAGUGAUCAUUCAAGGAGUCCAGUCUCAAGUACAGUUGGUGGAGUCCGGAGGGGAUGUGAGAAGACCUGGGGAGUCCCUCCGUCUCUCCUGCCAAGCCUCUGGAUUCACCUUCGGUGGCUACUGGAUGCACUGGGUGAGACAAGCUCCAGGGAAAGGCCUGGAAUGGGUGACAGCCAUAGAUACAGGAUCAUCUCCUUCCACUUACUACUCUGACAAAGUGAAGGGGCGCUUCACCAUCUCCAGGGACAAUGCCAAAAGCCAGCUGUAUCUGCAAAUGAACAGUCUCAAACCAGAGGACACAGCUGUCUAUUACUGUGCCAGAGACACAGUGAGAGGAAGUGAAUCUGAUGCCAAUCUCAAUUUCCUUGAUUCAUUACAGGGAGCAAAAAUGAUCCCAUGGCUGAAUUUGGCAUCCUUGUUGGUGCUCCUUCAAGGAGUCCAGUCUCAAGUACAGCUGGUGGAGUCUGGAGGGGAUGUGAGAAGACCUGAGGAGUCCCUCCGUCUCUCCUGCCAAGCCUCUGGAUUCACCUUCAGCAGCUAUAACAUGGGCUGGGUGAGACAGGCUCCAGGGAAAGGCCUGGAAUGGCUCGCCUACAUAGGUAGAGGCUCAUCUCCUUCCACUUACUACCCAGACAAAGUCAAGGGACGCUUCACCAUCUCCAGGGACGAUGCCAAAAGCCAGCUGUAUCUGCAAAUGAACAGCCUCAAACUGGAGGACACAGCUGUCUAUUACUGUGCCAGAGACACAGUGAGAGGAAGUGAAUCUGAUGCCAAGCAAAAACCUCCUCUUCCUCUGAGUAGUUUUCCAAAUUGA